AUGCCAGCUGAUGCCCUGGCCUGGGUUAUGUCUGGGUGUGGUGAAUGGCUGGGCCCAGCGCAGACCGUCACAGCUGACUUGUCCCCACUUUGCUUUGCACAGUGCGUCGAGAAGAAGCCUGAAGCUAGUGGCCCAGAGGGAGAGCCCUGCGCAGAGCUCCACGUGGAGGCCCUGGAGACGCUGACGCGGGCUUCCACAGCAGGCCCUGAGGGCGGAGGGGUCCACCCGGAGCAGCCGUUCAUCGUGCUGGGGCAGGAGGAGUAUGGAGAGCACCACUCCUCCAUCAUGCACUGCAGAGUGGACUGCUCGGGGUGGAGGGUCGCCAGCUUAGAUUUAGACGGGGUCAUCAAAGUGUGGUCCUUCAGCCCCAUCAUGCAGACCAAAGCGUCAUCUGUUUCCAAGUUGCCGCUGCUCUCUCUGGAGUGGGCCACCAAGUGGGACAGGCUGCUCUUGCUGGGCAGUGGUGUGGGGACAGUGCGCCUUUAUGACACGGAAGCCAAGAAGAAUCUCUGUGAAAUCACUGUCAACGACGAUAUGCCCAGAAUCCUGUCUCUCGCCUGCAGCCCCAGCGGGGCCUCUUUCGUCUGUUCAGCUGCAGCUUCGAGCCUCGCUUCUCAGGUGGACUUCUCGGCACCAGACAUCGGCAGCAAGAGCGCUAACCAGGUUCCUGGCAAGCUGCUGCUGUGGAACACGAAAACCAUGAAGCAGCAGCUCCAGUUCUCCCUGGAUCCAGAGCCCAUUGCUAUCAACUGCACAGCCUUCAGUCACCAUGGGAACUUGCUGGCCACAGGGGCGGAUGACGGCGUCAUCCGGCUGUUUGGUAAGCAAGUGUGCUCACAGCAAUCCUGGUCCCCUCCUUAAAUGUCUCAGAGAAGAGAGUUGAAUUUUUGCCAGCUAGACUAGAGGCUGUUGCAAACCCGAUUCAAGAUGCUUACAAUAGAGCUUAACUUUGUCAGGGUCUGGUGUUUCAAGAGCACCCUCUGUAAUCACCUUGCACGUGGUCAGUGUGAGUGGACGCGGGAGGGUGGAGCUUAGCAGUCCUUCAUUCUUGAGCUGUUGCAUCUGAGUCCUCAGGCCUGAGUGAGAGCCAAGAGGACACAUGAGCUGAUGCUGUCCUGUCCUCUCGGUGAGGCUAGUUCAU